AUGCGUUUGACGUUUAUAAUUUAUAACCUAAGUUUUUCAUAACAUUUUAAAUUAUAUUUUCAUUUGUAUUUAUAAGUAAUCUGUAGUAUUUAUUAUUGAAAAGACGAAGCUCUUCCAAUGAACUUUUCCAGUGCUUCUUGUCUUUUAAAUGUUAGAAGCGUUAUUUCGAAAUUUCAGCUAUCAUUUCCAAAAAAUAGUUAUGCCAAGAAAGAGGGAGGAAGUGUGAGUAUGAUUGGUGGAGCUUUAAAGAAAAAAAAAUUAGGAAAAUUAGGGCCCGUAAUGGAGAAGAAAGUAUUACCCGUUGAAACAGAUCCUGAAAAAUUAGUUAAAUACGUUUGCGGUACAAAUAUAUAUAAAACAGGAGAAAAUGCUCUUAUUAAACCAGAUAGUGAAUAUCCUGAAUGGUUAUGGAAUCUAAGGCUUGGUCCUCCACCACCUUUAGAAGAACUGGAUCCCGAAUCCAAGGAAUAUUGGAAAAGGGUCAGGAAAAUGGCUAUGAGAAGAAACAAUCAACUGGCAAAGUUAAAGAAAUUCUAAGCAAGAAUAUCAAUGUAAAUAAUGUAUUUAGUUAUUAAUGACAAUUUUUUUAAGAUUAUUGUAAGUAAAAUGUAAAAUAAAAUGAUAGAGAG